AUGGCCUAUACGUCUGUUAGUUUACCGUUUCGUAUCUUGUACUUGGCUCAUGCGUGGCUAUUCACCCUCGACGUCUUGCUCCUGUCACGUCGUAGAGCUCGCACCCCGGUGGCCAUCGCGACGUUGUCGUUAUUACUGGGCACGUUGCUUUACCUCAUUGUCACGUGCGGACAGAUGGCGAACAUGAGCUCUUUUUCGAUGACGACUGGACAUGGCCAACCAAGCGACCGAACACAGACCCCUCCGCCGGAGCUCCGUGGACCAGACGGAGGAAAUAGAAACACCGCUGUGCCUUCGCCAUGCCUCCAGUGCCCAGACAAUAGAGACUGGUUCCUGCAGCAGUUAUCACAUCUGUCGAAACGAAUCGAUCAUCUACACGCCGAAAUUCAGAAAUGCGACUGCAAGAAAAUCUCAUUUGAAGACUCACAGCUGCAGGAAGCGAUUCACCAGGCCCUGAAAUUGUACGAUGCCGACAAAACGGGAAUGGCUGAUUACGCGCUCGAGAGUGCAGGGGGUUCUGUUCUCUCCACGCGCUGCUCGGAGACCUACACGACGCACAUGGGCCGUUAUUAUCUUUUCGGAGUCGUGCCGCUAUUUUGGAAGAGACCUUCGCCCCGUCUGGCCAUCCAGCCGACGCUGGCGGUCGGAGAAUGCUGGCCGUUCGUAGGCAGCGUAGGUUAUCUCGUGCUACAAUUGUCGCGGCGGAUCCAUGUCGAAGCCUUCACCCUCGAGCAUAUUCCUGCGUCUCUUGCGCUCAACGGCAAUAUCGACUCCGCGCCGAACGAUUUCGAGGUCUACGGUAUGGACAGUGCGGAGGACAAGGCGGGCUUCUUACUGGGACGAUAUAAUUACUCGAUUACUGGAGAGCCCUUGCAGAACUUCAAGGUGCAACAUCAAACGGAGAGAACUUUCGAGUUUGUUGAGCUAAAGAUCCUCACCAAUCACGGGAAUAUACACUACACCUGUUUGUAUAGAUUCCGCGUCCACGGAAAACCAGUCCAUGACGAUACAGUUUGGUAGGAUUUCGCUCGCAAACGAGGCCGAAUAGCCUUGACCUUCCAAUACUCCGCUUCCGGUGCUCAUCACCGCCAUCAAAUCAUGGAAGCGAAUCCGUGAACGAAAGUCCCAAUCCUUGCCAGAUUCCGAGUUCAGAAUAACUCAUGCCAACUUCCCCU